AUGGCGGUGGCGACUUCCUCUCCCGCCGCUAGGUCCGGGCCUGGAGCUCAGAGUGUGUUGGAGGCCCCCCGCAGACGCUCGGCUGAGAUUGGUAUGACCUUUGCGGACAUUGCCCUGUACUUCUCCAGAGAAGAAUGGCGUCUCCUCAAUGAAGCUGAGAGACGUCUGUACCUGGAUGUGAUGCUGGAGAACUUUGAGCUUAUAUCUUCCCUAGGUUGCUGCUGUGGAGGAGAGGACGUGGAAGAACUGAGUGAACAAAAUGUUUCUGUAAGAGUGGUACAGGCAGAGAAUCCCAAGGUGGCUUUGUCUUCCCAGAAGAGCCACCCAUGUGAGAGUUGUGGGCUAGUGCUAAGAUACAUUUUCCAUGUGACUGAAGAGCAGGAAACACAGCACAGCCAGAAAUCAUUGCAGUGUGGGGCAUGUGCAAAACGAUUUUAUCUCAGUACAAAGUGUCACCAGCACCAAGAGCAUCAUGUGAAAGAGAAGCCUUUCAGAAGAGGUGGGGACAGGAUCCUACUUGCAGAGGGCUGCAAUGGCAGUGUGUCCCAGAAGCUUUUCACCUUUGGGGAGGUUGGACAGGACAUCCUCACUGAGUCAGAACAUCUCCAACAAGAGGCUGCUCACACCAGGGACAGGCCAAAUGAAAUCUCGCCAUCUGGAGACACUAUUCAAAGCAGAGAAAAUUAUUUCACCCUGAGUGUAUGUAAAAAAGCCAUUGGCUGCAGUCGUGCAUAUGUUGAAAAGAAGGGUGUCCAUACUGGAAGACAAUGUUUUGAGUGCCAUGAUGGUGGAAAAAAUGUUUCCAGAAUUUCUAGCUUUUGUUAUUGUCAGAGAGUUCCCAGUGAAGAAAAGCCCCAUCAGUGCAGUGAAUGUAGAAAAUCUUUUAAAAACUUGUCUCAACUUCGUUAUCAUCAGACAGUUCACACUGCAGAAAGGCCCUAUCAGUGCAGUGUAUGUGGGAAUUCUUUUAAAAGAAGAAAUGCCCUUUAUCGUCACAAGAAAAUUCACACUAGAGAAAAGUCUUAUGAAUGUAGUGAAUGUGGGAAAUCUUUUGCCAAUAGCACUCAUCUCCAUUAUCAUCAGAGUGUUCACACGGGAGAAAAGCCAAAUCAGUGCCGUGAGUGUGGGAAAACUUUUAAAAAAUUGGCUCUACUUCGUUGUCAUUGGGCAGUUCACAGUGAAGAAAGGCCCUAUCCAUGCAGUGUAUGUGGGAAGUCAUUCAAAACAAGAAGUAGCCUUUAUUUACAUGAGAAAAUUCACACUGGAAAAAGGUCUUAUGGAUGUAGUGAAUGUGGGAAAUCUUUUAUCAAUAAAAGUCUUCUCCAUUAUCAUCAGAGAAUUCACACAGGGGACAGGCCUUAUGUGUGCAGUGAAUGUGGGAAAUCUUUUACCAGAGGUGAUCACCUUCGUUCUCAUCAGAGACUUCACACUGGAGAAAGGCCUUAUGAGUGCAGGAAAUGUGGGAAAUCUUUCUUCCGAAAGAAUGCCCUUAACUGUCAUCAGAGGGUUCACACCGAAGAAAGGCCUUAUGAGUGCAGUGAAUGUGGGAAAUCUUAUCGCAGUAGUGGUGGCCUUCAUUUUCAUCAGAAACUUCACACUGGAGAAAGGCCUUAUAAGUGCAGUGAAUGUGGGAAAUCUUACUGCAGUAGUAGUGGCUUUCAUUCUCAUCAGAGACUUCACACUGGAGAAAGGCCUUAUGAGUGCAAUGAAUGUGGGAAAUCUUUUUGUAGUAGUAGUAGCCUUCAUUCUCAUCAGAGACUUCACACUGGAGAAAGGCCUUAUGAGUGCAGUGAAUGUGGGAAAUCUUACCGUUGUCUUGCUAGCCUACGUUAUCAUCGGAAUGCUCACACAGGUGGAAAGCCUUAUGAGUGCAGUGAAUGUGGGAAUACUUAUCGCAGUAAAAACAGCCUGCGCUAUCAUGAGAGAUUUCACAAAGGAGAAAGACUUUAUUAUUAAAGUACAGUGAAUGUGCAGAAGGGCAUAGAUGUUAGGACAUGUACAGGAUUUUUGUUUCAUGUAAACAAUAACGGAAUUCUGUGAAGUCUUGCCUGAAUCAAAUCUUAUACAGCCAAGCCUCAAAAGUAAAGAGGUUCCCAUAAUAACCUUUCAUAUGUGAAGCAUGUGUAUCCAGGUUGCCCUUUUUUUACCCAGGUGUUUUUUUACAUCUGUGUCACUGCAUAUUUUUGUUGAAGCUAUUUCCCGUGUACCAGCUAUAAGGUUCCAAGAGAUUCCAUGAGUCAUCAUCCCUGAUGUGCUCAGAAAAAGUAACUUCCCUGUGAUUUGUUGCAGAAAAUUAGGAGUAGCCUAGCUUUUUAGGUCUUUCUUUGCUCUCUCACUACUUGGUGCAUUGACAUGACUCAAUUUUGGCCCAGAAAACAUCGUCUGAAUUUACAUGUCAGCUUGUAAGAGGACUGCAUUUUUGCAGGACAUUCUUUUUUACAUAACCAGGGAUUAUUUUUGAGUGUCCAAAUCACCAGUGCAGGAACUGCCUAGAUGAUCUUCCUUGGUAAAAUAAUGGAAGACUUUCCCCCAAGUCUUCUUUAAUUUUGGGUGCUCUAUUUUGUGGGGUAAUUUAUAAGCAGUUUUGGGCCCCACAAGCAUCAAGAUGUGAACAGUUUUAUGUGUGUCUCAACUUUCUCUGCCUCUGUGGGGACAGUUUAGUGCAGAAAUGAACUUAGUGAUUUUUGCCAGACUUGCUUUCCUGCUCAUGUGUUCCCAGGCAAGACUGUGGGCUUUGUAGUUCUUAUGAGAAGCUUCAAUGGUGUGAGUUUCAGAAGACAUGGACAUCACUACAAAGAAGGGGUAGGUAUGCCAACCUCGAUAUGUCUGGGAACAGCAUGAAUUUUUUUCUUGUAAAGGAUGGCAAUAUUUUUGCAGGGAUCUCUGGCCCAGACCUUGCAAAGGGCCAUGUGCUCUAAUGUCUGCAGUUUCAUGGGGGAUGGGCAAGUGGUAACACCAUAGAGGUGAGGGAAACUGAUUGCAAGAGAAACACUGUUAUGACAGGUGCUGGAGGAGACUAAGGCAACUAGACAGAAUGUGCAUUUUCUCAGCAUGCAUCCAGAAACGUUUCUGA